AUGCUUCCCCUUGUCUAUGACCCUGAAAGAAAACAUGAUCACGAUUUACUCUUGCAAUAUCGCGUGAACUAUCCCUUCGAUUCGUUACGACCUGAACAAAGGUAUGCUUUCUUCAUCUGUUGUCGAAAUUAUCAAGACGUUCUCGAUGAUAUUCAUCAUUUACCUUACGUAAUUAAAAUCGAUGUCUGCGCUCAUCACUGCCCUGAACCUGAUGGCAUUCAAUGGAUGACCGAUUAUCCGAAAGUUUCCAAAUGUGAUGAUCCUCGUCCCUGGGUACCAUCGGUUUUUAAAUGGGCAUUGGAAACACCGAACAAUCAACAGCAGAAUCAUGAAAGCUUGCCACAAGUGCAAGCGUUCGUCGAUGCUCUAGAACAAUUGCUUGAUGAACCACAUGUUGGAAUACAAGAGAGACAGCGUACGGAUACAUCGCCCGACAAUGGUAUUGAACCUGAUGAGAGCCGUUAG